GGCCAAGCCCCUUUAAACCAUUACGCAUAUCGGGGGCUGGCGUAUCUAUGCUGUCGUGAGGUUAUCUAUCCAUUCUCGACGGGUACAUGUGGACAUCGUAGAAAGCGCACAGUGCAAUUUGAGAAUAACAUCAAAUCAAUACGAGCGCGCAUGAGUUGGGUUUAUACCGGGAAAUGUACAUGAACAUCGCAGGUCUUUUACUAAAACUGAGUUGUUUGAAGAGCGUCUCGUGAAACAGUCUAAUACCAACCAAACUCAAAUCUGAACGACAGUGCAACCGUUGUGAUUUUCCUGGAUUUAAAAGCACACUUUGCGGACAAAUUGGAUAAGACACCCCCAGUGAAGGGCACUGGAUACUUGCAAGAAAUUGCAGGUCGUGGAAUGAAACCUCCUUUAUAAGAAUUGAAGGUUUGGACUGGUGUACAUGGGGGAACAGCAAGUGGAAUUCUGGGAUGUUUGCGAUGUCAGCGAAGGAACAGUAGGACUUGUAUUUCUACAGAUUGGUGUCAUAGGAGAGGUGUUUUUAACCAAACCAAGCUGCUGGGAGGUCAAGGGGUGACAUGCCUCUGUAACACAUUGUUGGAAACAAAUGAUUGGUUGCCAUGCCUCCGGGGAUGGUGCGACGUGGUUUGUCAGUCCUGGUGGCGGUCCCAGCCCCAGUACUGUUGCUGCUGCUAGCUGCCGGCUGGCCCUCCUAUGGCCUGGCCUGGGCCUCCUCCCCCUACCCCAUCUUUACCCGCAACGACACCCUCUUUGAGCACAUGACCCUGCACCCGGACCCUGCGGUGGGACGUGUCUACGUGGGGGCGCAGGACCGCCUCUUCCAGCUGGACCGCCACCUGACUGCCGAACUCCGGUUCGACACCGGACCCGUGACGGACAGCCGUGAGUGCCUUCCACCCGUCACCGAGGGCAACUGCCCACAGGCGCGGCCCACCAGCAACCACAACAAGCUCUUGCUGGUGGACCCCUACUCUAUGGAACUGAUCACAUGUGGCAGCGUCAACCAGGGCAUCUGCCAGAAGCGGAGUUUAGACUCUGUGGGUACGGUGCUGUUCUCAGCCGAGCGGCCUGUGGACACGCAAUACGUGGCAGCCAACCACCCCAACGUGAGCACGGUGGGCCUGGUGGUGCGCUCCCGCCCUGACCGCCAGCCCGUGCUCUUUGUGGGCCGCGGCUACACCAGCAGCCACCCACCCAUCUCCACGCGCAACCUAGUCCAGGAGCCCGUGUUUUCCUACGAAGAAACUGCAAAGCUAUCGGUGGCGGGCCGCCUCUCAGAGUACGACCACCACUUCGUGGCCUCCUUUGCCCAGCGCCAGCAUGUCUACUUCCUCUUCUACCGGCGUGACCUCAAGUCCCAGUCGCGCGAGUACCGCACCUACGUGUCGCGCGUCUGCCUGGAUGACCAGGCCUACUACUCGUAUGUGGAAGUUCCUCUGGCCUGUCGCUCGGCAGCAGGUAAGAGCUACAACCUACUCCAAGCUGUCCGCCUUGGUCUACCACCCAGGGGGAGUGGGGGCGAAGCUGGGAAAGCCGAGGUGCUCCUGGGGGUGUUCUCCACACAUCAGACCUCGUCCACACGGCCCAGUGAGGACUCUGCUCUCUGCAUGUUUAACCUGGACGAUCUGGACCAGAGGAUCAACUCCACCAGGGACCUGUGCUACACGCAGUUCGGCCGUGCCGAGGAAGGGGGGGAGGCGGCCUACAUCGAGUACGAAGUCAAAUCCAACUGCGCCAACCUGCCGUCGAACACCCUGGAUGCCUACCCAUGUGGUUCAGACCACACCCCCAGUCCAAUGGCCAGCCGGGUGGCUGUGGAAGCCGAGCCCAUAUUGGACAGCCCAUCCACCCGUCUCACCGCCGUGGCUGUCAGCUUGAGGGCGGGACAUACAAUCGCCUUCCUGGGGGAUUCCAAGGGAAACCUGCGCAAGGUGUUUCUGGGCCCUAACGGUGAGGUGGAGGAGUACGCCGUCGUCUCCAUCCAGGCCAACGCGGCCAUCAGCUCAGACCUGCUCCUGGAUCAGUCUGAGGAGCACCUUUUCAUCAUGACGUCCACCAUGCUCCAGAAGAGGCCAGUGGCUGAGUGCCACGGACAUCUGGACUGCCAAGCCUGUCUGUCUGCCCAUGACCCCUACUGUGGAUGGUGUGUCCUGGAGGGGAGGUGUGGCCAGCAGGCUCAGUGUUCACGCGGGGCCCAGGCAGGCCAGUGGCUGUGGAGCUUCGACAUGGAGCAGAAGUGUCUCACCAUCCAGUCCCUCAGCCCCUCCAACAUCAGCCGGCAGGAGAAGAGAAGUAUCUCUCUAUCAGUCCUGGGCCUGGCCGUCCUAGAAGAGGACAAGUCGUACUCCUGUUUCUUUCACGACUCUGAGAGUCCUGCCACAGUCACCGACAUGGGGGUCACCUGCCUCUCCCCUGACCCCCACAGGGUGCUGACUGGGCCUCCGGGACAAGAUUUUGUCACUGUCACCCUGUCCCUGCGCUUCGGUGACGUCGUCGUCACGGCGACAGAGUUCACCUUCUACGACUGUACUGCCGCCAAGCAGCUGUCUGGGAGCGUGCCUUGCCGCGGUUGUGUGUUGAGUCGCUGGGGCUGCAACUGGUGUGUCCACCAGCACACCUGUACCCACAAGCCCGCCUGUGACGAGGGGGUUAUCAUCUAUAACGAACACUUCAAACUCCCCACCCCGGCUCCUCCCACAACAGUGUCCCCAACAACCGUACCCCCGACAACUACAACAACAACCCCAACAACUACAACAACAGCCACCCCCACAACUACCACAGCAACUAUCGCCACAACGACAUCAAUCAAAGCCCCUACCACCAUAGCUACCGCCCUGGAGCCUAUGACAACAACCCUGUCUACAACCACCACAGCGGAGCCGACUACACUGCCCAACCCUGCUAUGCCGACCGAGGCCCCCACCAUUCAUCCCCCUACAACGUUAGCCGAAGUUACAACGCCCAUACCUGAGACCACCACUAGUGAGGCUGAGGAGCAAACAACUGCGGAAGAGCUCGUUGCAGAGGCUGAAAGUGAAACUGUAGGCCCCGUGGUUACCCCUGACAAUGUGGAGCUUGCCGUGGAAACUGAGGUGGCGACGGUUAUGACCAAAGACGGGCAGCCAUCCGAGGAUGUCGCCACUCUAAUCCCCCUGGCGUUCCCACCCGAGACAUCCCCAUUGGAAGUGGUUACUGCACCCCCCCCUCAGGAACUGGACAAGGCUCUGAGUCUGGCGGAGCCCCCCAUGGAGGUCCAGCCCACACCCGUCAUACCCUUUCCCAGCCCCCUUCCCCUGGGGGAACCUGUCAACUCAGAUCUCACCUUCCACCUGGACCUGACAGAGGCCCCCUCCCCACUCCCUCUAGACCACCUCCACCCCACCGACGGAGAGGGCCAGGGUGCCGAGCCGGAAGUGCUUCUCUGGCCCAGGGAGGAAGCGGAGGACACGGCGGUAGAGAACGACACAUCCACCACGUUUUCGGCCACCAGCGUGUUGUCAGGGGACGGAGAGGCCGCUGACCACUUCCUUUCGGGCUCGGCCUACCCCCAGCUCCUGGACGCCGACUCAGAGCUGGACUACCAGUAUGACUCAUCCGACACCUUUCUGCCGGGGGACUCAGGCUCCUAUGUGGGUUGGGGCUCGUCUGCUUGCCCCUGUGUGGAGAAGGUCCAGGGUUCUCAUCUGUUACCAGUCAGAGUGGCGAGGAAGAUCACACUAUUCGCCAGAAACCUCCACCUGUACCAGGACACAGGCCUGGACUACGAGUGUGUGUUGGUGAUCGAGGGGCAGACGGUGGUGGUAGACGCCUACGUGGAAAUGGAUGAGAUGAACCCAUCUCUCUUUGACAUCACCUGUCAGCUGCACCAGUAUUCCUACUCCGCUCCAGUGGAUGAGUAUAAUGCCAUGGUGUACGUAAAGAGGCGGGACACCUUCCACGUGGACAGCUCUCAUGACCUAUACGUGACUCUGUACAACUGUUCUGUGGGGCGUUCUGACUGUAGCCAGUGUCACACGGCGGACCAGAAGUAUGGCUGUGUGUGGUGUGGAGGGGACCAGUCCACCUGUCUGUACGGAGACUCCUGCAGCGAGCCCCUCGAACAGACCUGCCCCGCCCCUGUCAUCCAUGCCAUUGAGCCCCUUUCUGGACUGGUGGAGGGGGGGACCGUGCUGACCAUCUCAGGGUCCAACCUGGGCCAGAAGGCUGAGGACAUCCUGCACUCUGUCACUGUGGCUGGGGUUUCCUGCUCUGUCAUCCCCCACCUCUACGAGGUCUCCUCCAGGAUUGUGUGUAAGACCAAAGCCAGUGGGGGAGAGAAGACGGGCCAAGUGUCAGUAGAAGUGAGCGGGGGAGAGUUUGGCCUCUCCAGCCAGAAGUUCAGCUACCAGGAUCCGUUUGUGAUGGAGGUGUCCCCCCAGAGGGGUCCCAAGGCGGGGGGCACGUCCCUGACCAUCACUGGGAGGAACCUGCUCACGGGACGCCCCUCUGACAUCACUGUCACCGUCGGAGGAGUGCAAUGUGUCAUUUUAUCAGAGGCCCAGGAUGAUAGUGUGGUGUGUGUGACGGGCAGCAGCAACAGGACGGGUGAUCACCGCGUGACACUUCACUAUGGCAACAGCCAGCGCCACCUUCACGAGUCAGCCUACAGCUUCACCCCCAACCCCAACAUCACCCAGGCUGUGCCCGCCAAGAGCUUCCUCAGCGGUGGCCGUCUGAUCUUCGUGUCUGGUCACAACCUGGAUGUGGUACAGCAACCUAACAUGUUGGUCACUGUGUUCCCCUGGGAGUCCAUCCCCCAGAGGAGGAGGAGGAGGAGUGGAGGAGAAAGGGAGCAUGAGACAGAGGACAAGGUGCUGUGGAGGCAUCGCAGGAUCGUACCAGAGCCCAACUGCCCUGGGGACCCAGUCUGCUCCAUCAUACAGUACAUGGAGCGUUGCGAGGUCAACUCGUCCAGUCUGAUCUUGUGCCGGAGCCCGGCAUUGGAGCCCUCUGUGUGGGGCUCGCAGGUGGACGUGGCCUUCCUCCUGGACAAUCUGAGCUUCCCGUUUGGUGCCGUCAGCCCCCAGGGGGCCUUUAGCUAUGAGCCUAACCCCGUGCUGCACCCGCUCAACAAGCAGGAGCCCCUCAAGCCCUACCGCUACAACCCAGGAAGCUUUAUUCAGCUGGAGGGUGAGAACUUGGACCUGGCCAUCUCUAAAGAGGAGGUGGUGGUGUUGGUGGGGGAGGGGGUGUGUGCUGUGAAGACCCUGACCAGGAACCACCUGUACUGCGAGCCCCCACCCCAGCAGCCCUUCCCGGGACCCCCCAAUGGCGGAAGGAAACGCGAGGGUGCCGACACGCUGCCCGAGUUCACCGUCCACAUGGGCAACCUGAACUUCUCCCUGGGCAUGGUGCAGUACGACAUCCUCAGCCUGUCCACCUUCCCCCUGGAGGCCCAGGUAGGGGUGGGCGUGGGGGCCUCCAUCCUAGCCCUCAUCGUCCUCAUCAUAGUGCUCAUCUACAGGAGGAAGAGUAAACAGGCUCUGAGGGACUACAAGAAGGUUCAGAUCCAACUGGAGAACCUGGAGACCAGUGUGAGAGACCGCUGCAAGAAGGAGUUCACAGACUUGAUGACGGAGAUGAUGGACAUGUCCAGUGACCUGGUGGGCUCGGGCAUCCCUUUCCUGGACUACCGGCGCUAUGCCGAGAGGAUCUUCUUCCCGGGCCACCGCGAGUCGCCCCUGCGGAGGGAUCUGGAUAUACAGGAGAGUCGGCGGGCCACAGUGGAGCAGGGCCUGGUGCAGCUCUCUAACCUGCUCAACAGCAAACUCUUCCUCACCAAGUUCAUCCAUACUCUAGAGAGCCAGCGGACGUUCUCACCAAGGGACCGGGCCUACGUGGCCUCUCUCCUGACUGUGGCGCUGCAUGGUAAACUGGAGUACUUCACAGACAUCCUCAAGACCCUGCUCAAUGACCUGGUGGAGCAGUACGUGGUCAAGAACCCUAAACUCAUGCUGCGGAGAACGGAGACAGUGGUGGAGAAGCUGCUGACCAACUGGAUGUCCAUCAGCCUCUAUGCUUUCCUCAGGGACUCUGCAGGUGAGUCUCUCUACAUGUUGUUCAGGGCUAUCAAGCACCAGGUGGACAAGGGGCCGGUGGACGCGGUGACUGGCAAGGCCAAAUACACGCUCAAUGACAACCGUCUCCUCAGAGAGGAUGUUGAGUACAAGACCCUGACCCUGAACGUGUUGAUGCAGGGCGGGGGGGUGAAUGAGACCCAGCCACUACCCUCCAAGGUGCUGGACAUAGACACCAUCACCCAGGUGAAGGAGAAACUCCUGGACCAGGUCUACAAGGGCACCUCCUUCUCCCACCGGCCACACACAGACUCUCUGGACCUGGAGUGGAGGUCUGGUGUAGCAGGUCAUCUGAUCCUGUCUGAUGAAGACCUGACGUCUAUUGUCCAGGGCAAUUGGAAACGCCUCAACACACUCCAACACUACAAGGUUGCAGAUGGCGCGACAGUGGCUUUGGUCCCGCGCCACAGCAAACACAUCCAUCACGACAACCACAACUACGUGGCAGGUGAAAAGACGCCCAUGCUGGAGGAUGCAGACGAGGGCGGGGUGAGGCUGUGGCACCUGGUCAAGGCCGGCGAAGAGCCUGAGCUACCCAAGCACCGCCGCGGCAGCGUGAGGGAGAGGGCCAAGGCAAUACCAGAGAUCUACCUCACACGUCUGCUCUCCAUGAAGGGCACUCUGCAGAAGUUUGUGGACGACCUGUUCACGGUGAUCCUGUCCACCAGUCGUCCCGUUCCGCUGGCCGUCAAGUACUUCUUUGACCUGCUGGACGACCAGGCGCAGCACCACGCCAUCACCGACCCUGAGACCAUCCACAUCUGGAAGACCAACAGUUUGCCCCUGAGGUUCUGGAUCAACAUUGUAAAGAACCCCCAGUUUAUCUUUGACGUCCAGCCCUCGGACCACGUGGACGCCGUGCUAACGGUCAUCUCCCAGACCUUCAUGGACUCCUGCACCACCUCAGAGCAUAAACUGGGCAGGGAUUCACCAAUAAACAAACUGCUUUAUGCCAGAGAUAUCCCCCGGUACAAGCAGAUGGUGGAAAGGUACUACGCUGACAUCAGACAGACAAUCUCUGCCAGUGACCAGGAGAUGAACUCCGCACUAGCAGAACUAUCCAGGAAUUACUCAGGCGAGUUGAAUUACCUUGUUGCCCUGCACGAGUUGUACAAGUACAUCAACAAGUACUAUGACCAGAUCAUCGGGGCCCUAGAAGAGGACAGCACGGCCCAAAAGAUGCAGCUGGGUUACCGGCUCCAGCAGAUCGCUGCAGCCGUAGAGAACAAAGUCACUGACUUGUGACAGUGAAACCACUGACCAAGACCACGCCGGCAGAGGGGACCACAUUAAGAGACCCACAGGAGUGGGGGAGGGAAACUCAGAGGGGGUGGGUUAGGAGGAUGGACAGACCGGACCAAUAGACAGAUUAAGUAUGGUUCUAGGGGUAAGGACCCCAAACACCCCACCCCUUUUCCACAUUAAGGAGCAAUGAGUGACUGUUGUUCACACACAACAGUCACCAAGGGGGUUGAAAAGGGGAUGUGGUGUAUUGGGCUGCUGAACACGUGUAACUCUGGUGUGGUGGUAUACUCUCCACUGUGGACAAGACAGGAGGGAAAGAUAAAGGGAGACACACAAACAGACGAAGAGCCUUUGUUUGUAUGUCCCACCCGUUCACCCUUCAGCCCUGAGUUGGACCACAUUGUGGCAUCUGCCUCUCUUGUAGAACUCUCUGUGGAACUAGAAGAAGGGGCUUGGGAGAUCCAGACAUGACAUGAUGUGUCAAUGGAAACGUGCUGAAGUCAACAAUCUGAAGUCUCAUAUGAAUGAAUGAAAGGAAGUCUUAUGUCUAUCAAAAUGCUGGUUGUAGCUAGAUGGAGAGCAAGUGUGAGUGAGAGUUGGAAGGGACCAUGCUGGUUUCCCCCCUCAUUCAAGACUCAACAUCCCUUUCCACAUGAAAUGUGGAGUGAAAAGUUUUAUUAGCAUUUAAUAAACAUUAUCUAGAUAUUACAUUGUCACCAAUGCAGUUGCAUACAGUACCUUUCCUCGGGGCUUGAGUCUUAUAAGUUAUCGGCACUCUCUACCUCCUUCUACUCACCUGAAAACUCAAGUUAUCCUCUUAUUUCUUUAAACCUGAAGCUUUUUCUUGUGUUUUGUGGUUUGUCUGCUAGGUUAAACCAGAUUGCUCUCUCCUUCUGACUCUCUUUAUGUCAAAACAGUAGCUUUGUUCCAUAUCCGUCCAAAUCAUAAGUACACGUAGUAUCUUUCGGAGUAGUGGACAAAUGCCACAUACGUGCACACACACACAGUUCACUCAAUCAUGACACUCUUGAGACAACUCUUCUUUUUUAAUGUUUUUUUUAAAAUGUGUAAUUAUUGCCAUUCCACUUUUCCAGGUAGCUCCCGAGUCUAUACAAAUCUGUGUUCCUCUUUAUGGUAUUGAAUGGGAGGAAGAUGUUAAUGUCGGAGUUGAAAUGAACAGCUCUUGGAAAGAGGCUACAGCUCACGCUCUGCAGGACUAAAGAAAGAAUGAUACUGAAAGCAAAGAAGCAGUCUUUUCAAAAGGUACUGGAAAUAUGUGACCGUGUGAAUGUUUUGAUGUUUUUAAAGGGUAACAGUCACUGGAGGGACACUAGAUCAUAGAUUAAACAAACAAAUCUCAACUGUAGAAUUGUAUAUAUUUAAAACAUGUGUCCCACAGUAUUUUAUGGUGUACAUUCAUACAGCUUUCCUUGUUGUACAUUUUUAACAUAACUUUUUUUUUUAACCAAGAAAAGUCUAUUGAAUCAUGUUCUCAUGUUGUGCUGUUGUGAGGUAGCUUAUUUAUCUGGCAAUUGGCAACUGCGCCAUUGAUAUGUGUAUUGCAGUUAUUCUAUUGAACACAAGAUGGCGACAGCUCCUACGUUUGUUGAACUUGUUCUCUAACAUUGCUGUUUUAACUGUCUAUAAGGUUUCACAGAAGAUACUUUGACCUAGUCACAUUUUGCAACGUUUGAUUAAGUAUUAGAAUUAUAACUACAUUGCCAUUUCUGAACUUUAACGAAACUCGUUUUCUUAUGAUUUACCCAUGGGUUGUGUUAUUCAUAAUUUGCUCAUCUCUGCAUUCUCUAUUAGACUAUAACGUCAUUUUCUAACAGUACGCAUAUCCCAAAUGGCACCCUAGUCCCUAUAUAUAGUGCACUACUUUUGAUUAGAGCCUUAUGUAGGAAAUAGGGUGCCAUUUGGGACAGAAACCUAGACUAAUCAUUCUAUCCCACAGAGCUUGAUGGUUUGAAGUUGUGAUUAAAUAUUUUGGUAAAGCUAUGUACCAAGAACGUUAUCACACGAAUUGGAGGUGUUGCAUGUAUGUCAACGACACAUAACUGAUGUUAGACUUAUGGAUGAAGACCUUUAACACGACCCAUGUGGUAGGCUAUAUCUUUAUAUGCGGGUACACUGUUGGCUUUCUAGUGAGUAGACACCAAUAAGAGGCUGACAAUGAGUCAGCAGAUUGGUCAUUUAACUGUAAAACCCAAUCAAAUGAUCAGUUUUGUCCUAUUUUGAUAAUCAUUUUGAAGAGAUGAAAGUGUAUGUAGUUUAUGCGUUGCAUGCUAUUGUGUGGGUUCUCCAGUUUGAUGCAUUUUCCUGUUCACCGCCAUUGUCCCUAGAUUGUACAGCAUAAACGAGUCAUAGUAGCUUAUUGGUUAACAUCACACUAUUUUUCAAUGGACAAUUUGUAUUGUCAUAUGCUUUCAAUGUAGACUCGUAUUAUGUAUGAAGCCUAAUAAUGGUGAAGAGUGCAGGUGGUGGUCAUUUGAAGGAAAACUAUUGUUAGGCUGUAUAAAUUUAGGAGCACUUUAAGGUUGAUUUUUAUUUUGUCUGUUAAUAUAGUUGUACAUAAUGAUUGAAUAAUGUAACUUGUAGCGACUUAACCUGCUGUUUAAUAAGAGUGUAAAUUCCUACAUAUGGUGAGGUAAUAAAGUAUUUGUAAAAUCA